AUGACGUUCAUUCGACGUCGACACAGCAAAGUGGCUGAGGCCUCGCGCAGCGCCCGGGAGGUUAUGCAACAGGUUAUUCCGUGGGCCGCGUGCUUACGUGGUCUUGUUGCAGCGGGUGCGUCGUAUGUGAGACAACAAGAAGCAUGCGGCAAGGUGCGCAAGGAGCUGCCGGCCAAGUACACGAGGGCAAAGCAGAUGCACAAGACUCCACCUCUGCAGAUCGAUGCCAACGUUAAAGCCAAUGAUCUCGCUGGCUACAAAGCCGGUGUCUGGGACGCCGAGCAGUGCGAGGCUUCCUUGACAACGACUGGCUUGUAUGAAGCUUCUGGGCUUGCGCUUUGGUUGAAGACAGGAGCCCUUGAUGCACCCAAGCUUCCUGCGGACGAUGUGAAUUGGGGAAACCUCUUGCAGUUUGAAGAACAAUUCUUCAGCAGGGCUGUGUGCUUCAAAGCCCACGUGUCGCGCGGCGCAAACGCUGGGAAGAAGCAGAAGGUGACGCGCUCGAGGCUGCUGUGGCCUUGCACGAUGGUCAGCGCCGUUGACAGCUUGAGAAGCGCUGCGCAAUCGAACUUCGAGGCUUCUCUGCCUUUGGCUGGCGGGUGCUUCAUUCUCUGGGCUUGGUAUCUGGCCAUGUUCAAAGCAUUGAGAGCUCAGGACAAGGAGUGGACAGAGAUGCUGUGGGAGUGCGCCUGCUGUGUCACUAUACAAGUGCAAGUCUGCGACGAUGUGGCGAAAGCAGCGAUGGCGCGCAACACCGCUUCAGAGAAUGUGAAGAAAUUGAACAACGCGGCGCUGAGCGACACGUUCUUCACCUUCAGUCGCUUGGUUGGCCUGUUGAGAGUCGAUGCAUGGCAGGAGGGGCAAAGCCUGAACCUGCGUUACAACAAGGCUGCAUACAACCAAACCAUGCACAAGACUGCCACGAACUUGCUGGCCUUGAUGGCAGAUGGGUCGCUUGAGAAGGCCGAGAAGCAUUCAACUGCUCAGCGAAGUGCUCCAGCGCUGGCUGCGUGGAUGGUUGAGAUGCUGACGCUGGCGUUUCGGGUAGGUCUUAUUACACCGCUCAAAGCCACCGAGCAGUGGCUGUGCCAGAACAGGCACAGCGGUCAAAUGGGCUUCUGGGCAGCUUCCCUUGUGGCGUUGGAGGCCAGGUUUUCUUUCCACUUGAUAGCUGUAGGCAGUUCUUCUGCUUUUUCCGUGCAGUGCCAACCAAUUCUUGUGUUGCAGGUCUUGGACCACGCCAAGAAGCUGGGGGCAAAGUUGCCCGAGACCGACGCUGCCCGCCUGUCAGACGUGUUGACUGACAUUGGCGAUCCUGCCACGUGCUGGGAGAAGUUCAUUCGCGAAGGGUUCAGCAAGGUGGAUGCGCCGCUGGGUGAAGAUGAAGAUGCUGUUGUCGAUCGCGAUGCUCUCCCGCAGACACAGUUGGCCAUUGUGAAGGAAAAGUUCAACAAAGCGACAGGCGCGUUGCUGGACUUGGUUCUGAAGGUAAUGACGGGCAAGUAUCAUGAGGAUUGCCGGACCUUAGCAACAGCUUCUUUGACCUUUGCAAAAGCGCUCGCCCAAGCAGAAGAAGGGACAGAG